AUGGCGUUCACGACCCGCUCCCUCUCGACCCCGUCCAACAUGACCACGUCGGCCGAGUUCACGGCCCACUUCAGAGGCUACCUGCGCGUGAUCAACAUGCGCAUCUGGUCCAACCUCUCGGCCUACGUCGCGAGCCGGAUAUCUCUCAACGGGCGCAAGAUGUCGCAGGACGCCUUUUCGUCCCUGAUAGCCCCCGGCGCAGUGUUCAGCGCCGACAUGGUCGUGGCCGACGUGUCGAAGCGCACGCUCGCGGCACGCAUGGACAUUGAGUUUCCCGUCACCUUGGCCACGAGCGACACGGCCAUGGAGAACAGCGACCCGGUCCACGAGCAAGACUGCAAGAUUGACUCGCUGGGCGGGAAACGCGAGAUCCGGCGGAUAAAGGAGCAUGUGUUUUACCACUUUAACGAGGCGUGGCGGAUCGACCAGGUCUGGAGCGUGUUCACGUACGGCGAGAGCUGGACACGCGAGCCGGCGGCCGCGGCGCUCGACCCGACAGUGCUCAGCUUUACGGGCGGCCCGCCGUCGCCUGCGGCCGUCGCGGCCAAGAGCCGCUUGCGCCAUGGCCCCGGCAGGCCAAACGUCAACAACGUCAACAACGUUAACAACAUUAACAGCGUCAACGCCAAUGGCCAUGCCCAUGGCCAUGCCCACGGUACCUCCCACAUGUUCGAUUUUACAGAGCACGGAACGCAGCGGGCCGUGGUGGACCACGGUUGGACCUCGUUGGUGAAGGAGAGGGAGAUCCGACGCGCGGCGGACGAGUGCGUCGCGGCUGUGAGCGCCCUCGACCUCGGCGGGGUAGGGGCACUGGAGGACGGCGACGGCGACGCAACCCCACGAGAACGUCUGCUCACAAGAGCGAUGUGA